CUCACCGGCUUGAACCAGUCACACAUAUACAGUUUUUUUCUAAUAAUCUAACAUUCUUUUUUGUUACAUAUAUAAACUUUCUGAACUAAUUAUUCCCGCCAAACUUUUCGUUUAAUAUUUCAUUCGGAUCAAUAAAAAAACACAUAAAAAGUAGGAAAAAUUAAAGAAUGGUAGCUCAGGAAUUCAUCGAUCUAUUCAAUUCCAUAUCAUUAGCACAACGUUCCACAGUGGAAGAUUUCGCUGAUCGAUUGAAUUUAUUCACUGUGAUUUUAUUACUGAUCACUUGUAUUGUUGUUUCAACAAAACAAUAUUUAUUAAAUUCUAUUUCAUGUUAUAUACCAGUAAAACCAGCUGGUGAAAAUUUUAAUGAUUAUCUUGCUAAUUAUUGUUGGGUACAUGGAACAAUUCCAUUGGCAGAUAAUGAAAAAAUGCCAACUACAGAAGCUCAAUGGGAAGAAUAUGAUUUAACAAGAAGAAUAACUUAUUAUCAAUGGGUACCAUUUGUACUUGGCUUACAAUGUAUAUUAUUUUAUAUUCCACAUAUUGCUUGGCAAGCUGCUUGUGCUUGUCGUACUGGAGGUGAUAUGUUUUCAUUGGUUAAAUCAGUGGCAGAUGCUGCUAUACUAUGUCGAGAUGAUCGUCAGAAAGCAGUAGCUCGUGUAGCAGAAUUCAUUGAAGAUAUGAUUGAUACGCAUAAAGAAUGUAGACGAGGUAGACGUGCUAAACUAGCUAAAAAAGCUGUUCAAAUUGGUGGCAUAUUUGUAGCCAGUAAACGACUUGGUACACAUUUGAUUUUCUCUUAUUUAUGCGUAAAAAUUAUUACAAUUAUUAAUGCUGCAUUACAAAUAUUCCUAAUACAACGUUUUCUGGGCUUCUAUUCAAAUGGCAGUGCAAGUCGGCAUAGUUUACAAUUAGGUAAAGGAGAUGAUAUUAAAGCAUUAAAUGAUUUAUCUUCUUAUUCAACUAAUGAAAAUGUUGAAGGUUAUGGAUUCGGCUUAACUGUUGUCAAUCAUAUACGUGCUGGACGUGAUUGGCCUGAAACUAUGCUAUUUCCACGUGUUGCUUAUUGUCGUGUACCAGGCAUUAGAUUAGUUGGUGUGAAAAAUUCUUAUACAGCACAAUGUGCACUACCAAUAAAUAUGUUAAAUGAAAAAAUUUAUAUUUUUUUUUGGUUUUGGAUAAUGUUCUUAAUGAUUACAUGUAUUUUUAGUUUAAUACUAUGGCUAGUACGUAUGAUUAUUGCAUCGAAACGUAAAAAUUUCAUUAAACGUUAUCUUCGUUUAAAAGGUGUUGUUGUUGCAUUGAAAGGCGAUGAUGAUGCAGUAAAACAAAAUGAUUUCAAUGAAUUUAUUGAUCAUUAUCUACGUCCUGAUGGUGUAUUCAUUAUACGUAUGUUAACAAUUAAUUGUGGUGAUGUAAUCACUGGAGAAAUUGUUCAUGAAUUAUAUCAAAAUUUUCUACAGCAUUAUAAUGAUUUACAUAACACAACAACAGAUGAUUUAGCGAAACCAGAAAAAAUUGGAUUUGAUAAUCUUGUUUAAUUGUUUAGUAUUAUCAUUUUCUCCAUCUUUUAGUUGAAUAUUUUGUAUUUUGAACCAUCAGAUUAUCGAUUGUUUUUUUUUCACCAAAUAAAUACUAACUAACUAGAUAACAAUUGUGAAAUAAAAAAAUCAAAAGCCAACAAACGAGAUAAAAAGAAAAUAUUAAUUAAUCACUUUUAUUCCACCAUCAUCAUAGUAGUUUGAUUAUAUUUUCUAAUUGAUUUAUUGAUUUACUGCAUUGUUCCUUCUCUAUGCUGAAAACAAUUUUCAGUGAAAAAUAAAAUUGAACACUGAACAUUGAUCAUUGAAUAAAAAUAAAAAAAAACACUUGAAAUCUGUUCAAUGUUACAUAUAGUCAAUAAUGCAUGUUUGAUUAAAAAAAAUGUUAGGGUAUAAUUAUUAAGCUUUAUGAAAAUAAAUUACAUACACACACACACACAAAUACACAGUUUUUUGAUAAUUUGUCUAAUGAUUUUUUUAUUUUUCUGAGAAAACAAAUUGUUAAAAUUCAUGCUUUUACCUACUAAAUUGUAUGUGACCUUUCCUACUUUUUUUUUUAAAAAACAACAUUUAUGUAUGAGAAUUACUUUGAUAUAAUAAAUC